AUGGAGAACGGUUCUAUUUCGAUGGUAAGCACUAUUCAGAUGGUUGAGCUUUUACAGUUAACAUCAAAAUUUUUCAACGAUGCAGCAGAGUUGAUAAUUCAAAGAAGGGCAGACUCAUCAAUUUACUUAAAAAACAAAAAAAGAAGAAAAAUAAAAACCAAGCGCCACAAGUCAGGCUACCAAGUCUUUCUUAAAGAGAAAAUGAGCGAAUUGAAGAAAAUUCCUGAAUAUUCAAGUAAAUCAUAAUCAGAUUCAAAAAUGAGUACUCUUUCGUCUUUAGUUUCCCAAGAAUGAAGCAAAGUGGGAGAGCAAGAAAAAGAAAUGUACAAACAAAGAGCUGAGAAACUUAAACAAGAGGCAGAAAUGCAAGACCCAGGAGGAUCAAAAAUUGAGCAUUCAACAAGUUUAUUGCAGCUUUUGGAAGAUAACGAUACUAUAGAAGAAAAUUCGAGUGAAAAUGAAAAGUUGGUAAAGAUUGAAGCGAAUAAAGACUCUUCUGAAAAUGGGGACCAAUUUAUAAAGGAAGAGAGUGAUUAA